CGUGGCGACUCGAGUCUUGAGACGAUGCGCUUCUUCCGAAACACCAAGCGGCGGAUGCGCGGCCUCAACGCUAAGCUGCCUCCUCCUCCACCUUCUCUGCAGAGCUCUGCCGAGUCAAAGGAGACGACGAUAACGUAUACUGGAGGUGCGUUGUGCGUGACGCUGCAGCGUGCCAACUCGAAAUAUGUAGAAGACGAAGGGCCAACGCGGCUCGUUUGGUCCAAGGAUCAGCGACUAGGACUCACGUUCAUCGAGUUGCCCCAAGGUGGCGUGGCUGUCAAGGACAUGCCCAGCAUGCGCUGCGACGUGUCACCGGGACAGGAGCUCAUCAGAGUGAACAAGAUGUCCGUUGUAGGGAAGAGCUUCCAGGAAGUGAUGGAGCUGUUGCAAAAUGUUCAGUCUCCCUGCGUGCUCGACUUUUCUCCACCUCCGUCACCAAUCGUAGCGUCUGAAGUGCUCGGGCCAGCAAGAUUGCUUGGUGUGCGUAAGGUCGCAAUCAACCCUCCAGUCCUACAGAUGCACCACGAAAUGCCCGUGCAGGUUUUCGGAAUACGCUCGGCAUUGGUGCUGUACUCGCAGCAAUAG